AUUUUCCAUGUGGAAACAAAUGUACAGGUUGAAUAAUGAGCUCCUGACAUGAAUUCUCUUCAGAACUCCCAUUUUUUUGCCUAUAUUUCUAAUCUGACACUUAGCCAGAGGGACUUUUGAGAGUUUCUCAGUAUUUUUUUUUACCACAGAAGCAGAGGUCAUAGUCAUCACUGCUGUUAUGUCCUGGGUACAAGUUGCAGUCAGCCAAUCCAGUGAGGAUAUAUUUGAUGAAGAUGCAGAUGAGAUGUAUCUACUACAGAAAGAAUGGAACAGCACCAUGAAAAAAAGAUUGAAGGAAGGCUAUAGGGAUGGAAUUGAGGCUGGGAAAGAACUUGCACUCCAGGAAGGCUUUAAUCAAGGUUACAGACAUGGUGCUGAGCUGAUGGUUACAUGUGGCCAGUUCAGAGGAACCCUGAAUGCUCUCUUAUCCUGGUGUCAUUUUAAUGGACAUGAUUCUGCUUUAAGUAAGAUAAAUAAUCUUCUUGAUGUGGUUGGAAAGCAUGAAGAUGAUGUGCUUAAGUAUCUGAAUUCUGUUGAACAACAGCCACAUCUUGGACACGUUUUAGAUUCUGUUCAGGACAUGGACCUUAAUCACACAGCUCCAGCUGGGACAGAGUACAAUGAAGUUAAAGCUGGAAAACACGAAGAUGUUGGCAGCUCUGGUGAAAACAUUUGUAGAAAUAAUGGUGAGGUUGGUUCCUUGCAGUCUGAGUGCAGCACAGCAAAACUCUGCACAGAUCCUGAAAGGUCAACCCUUGCUUGGGUUAAAAAGCAGACUAUUUGGCUAGUAGAGCAACUGGGCUUAUCAUUGGAUAUACUCCAUCAUGUCCAGCAACUGGAACAUUAGUUUUUCUGUCUCAUGGUAUUUAAAAUUAUCUCAACUGGAUUUGAUUCUCAGUUUGUGGACCAUGUACAGGCUGAUGCAUCACUUCGUUUUAGGGAAAUCUGAUUUUGAUACUUCCCAGUGGAGGUAAUUCCUGUAAAUCUUCACCCUGCUUUGGCUCCUGGCAAAAAAAAACCCUUGUUUUCAAUCUUAAACAUAACUUUCACAGAAAAGGGAAGUGACUUGUAAAGCUCUACAAAGAUUUACUAAACAUGUUUCUGUUCUGUGUCAGAAGCUAUCAUUUCACCCUCACUUUCUCUUUUGGCAGCAGCUUGGAAAUGGAGCAGGUCCCUUAAAUAGCCUCUCUAAGUAGGUCUCCUCUAAUAUCUAAAAAAUAAGUGUCCAGUGCUAUGGACAAGCUAUUCUUGCAGAAUAAGCUUCUGUUGAUGAUAUGCUAACUCUGCGCAAAACAGAACAGGAUUUGCUGCUGAUUUCUAGAGCGCUGUGACUCUCUGUAGUCACUAUAUAAAAUAUAGAAAUUUUUCACCUCUUGUCAAAUUCUUCAUCUUAACUUUUGUAAUCACUAUGCAGUGCACUUUCACAGUUAAAAGCUAUUUUUUUCUCCUCAUACAGUUCUGUUUAUUUCACUUUUGCUGAAAACACACCAUUCUCUUCAAAUGCAGAAUUACUGACAAUUCCAUUGUUUUACUGUUAGACCAUCUACUCUUACCCUGUUAGACCACACUGAACGUGUUUCCAGUCUAAUGAGCUUCCUUGUGUUAUUUUUGUAUUUAUUUUGCCAGUCCCUCUAGCCUGAACUCUUUCCCUCAUUCCCAUAGUGUUUUUCCCAAACUCUUCAAGGAAGCCAGGCUUAUUCACCUUCUCUUAGAAACAUGUUGUCAGCCGCACAUGCAUAUUUCCGACAACUUUUUAUUUCUGUGCCAACAUUCUAUAUUUGACUCCUUUUCCUGUUGCUUAGCUUAACUGUAGCUGCAAAUUGCUCUGGUCAGGAAGUCUUUUCUUUGUGAAUGCCUCUCUCUGUUUUACACUAAUUAAACUGAUUUACAGUAAGUUAGGAGUUUACUUGUUUUAAUUUGCUUGUAACUUUCCUUCAUGUCUGAGACAAAGCAGGUCUAGACAGAGACAAACUGAAAUUUUGAACAGUUGACUUAACUAUAUUUAAAAAAAAAUUUAAAUCACAAAACAGUUUUAUACUUUGAGGCCAGAAAAAAGCUAAGGUAAAAAUUACUUGAUUUUCAGAGACUGAGUUUACAACUUUCUUACUAAAGACUCUAUUAUCCUGCCACAGAGUUGGUAGACUGUAAGUUUGGCUGCCAUUCAGUACCGCUUCUGCAUUAGGGGAACACAGAACUGCAAUUAAGAGUCUCUUAUUGAACCUGUUUCUGAAAUAGUGGACAAAUAGGACUGUCUGCAUUUAUUACGUAUGUACAAAACUGUUCAAACAACUUUUUCUCCAUUUAUUUAAUGCUGACAUGGAUAAACAUUACUUUUCUACAAAUGCAUGUGUUAUGUUAUAGCCUGUAUCAUGUAUGUUAGACAGAAAUUUCUUCCAUACUGUGGUAGAAUACGGUGCAGACAAAAAUAAAGGUUACUAGAGCAGCGUUAGACUUUCCAAAUUUGGAAGUUUAAAAAUGCAAAUUCAAGAGUACUACUUCUACGUAUUUAAUAGUGUGCAAAAAGGAAACUCCAUUCACAAAUUACUACGUAGACAGUGAGCUUGCCAAGUUCUCGCCAACUACUUCUGCAAAAGCAAUCUACACCAGGGAAAAUAUUUCUUUCUUGUUUGAUUAUCAAACAAUAGAUUGUGUGUUUUACUUAUCUAUCAUAACAGCUUCUGUACUAGCUGUGGAAUUACUUUCCUCCACUCUGCACAAAGUUUCUGUGCUUACUGUGGGGUUAUUUUUUUCCAUGUUAUCACCCAGAGUUUCCAGUUUGGCUGUGGAAAGAUUUUCUUUUGGGCUGUCUGUAAUACUUGGCUUAUCUGUCACUACCAAAUCUUGCUGACCAGCCACAGAAAGACUUUCUUCAAGACUAUUAGAAUCCGUACUUUGCUCGCAUGGUGGUUCAGGUUUAUGUUUCUUGUCUGCUUCCAUGUCUUGUGUUUCACUAUCAGCUUUCACCUUGGCAGCAUUCCUGAAAAUAGCUCUCAUGACAACUGGGACUGACAUGCAACUGAAGGAGGAAAUGAAACAUUAGU